AUGGUUCCACAAUGUAACUUUAAGUAUUGGUCAUUUUGUCCACUGAAUGUCAAACUUCAGCCUGUUCCUUUUUUAAUCCCUCUCAGAGAUGCGAUGCAGCUGAAUGUCCUGGCCACCCAGAAGAUGGUGGCGUUGGCCCACAGGAUGAAGCACCUGGAGAUUUUCAUCCAUAUCUCCACAGCCUAUGCCAACUGUGACCGGGAGCUCAUUGAGGAAAUCGUUUACCCUCCCCCCGUAGACUACCGCAGACUCAUUGACACCCUGGAUUGGAUGGAUGAUGAUCUGGUGUCUUCUCUGACUCCCAAACUGAUCGGGAAGCGUCCCAACACCUACACAUUCACCAAAGCCUUGGCAGAGUAUUUGGUGCAGCAGGAGGCUGGAGACCUUAACGUAGCCAUCAUCAGACCAUCCAUAGUAGGAGCAAGCUGGAAAGAGCCCUUCCCAGGUUGGAUUGAUAACUUCAAUGGACCUAGUGGAAUAUUCAUUGCAGCUGGUAAGGGGAUCCUGCGAACGAUGAGAGCAUCCAAUGAUGCUGUGGCUGACCUGGUGCCUGUGGACGUGGUGAUCAACGCCACACUGGCUGCAGCUUGGUACUCUGGGUCACAGACAGUCAACAGGUCUAAAAACAUCCUGGUUUACAACUGCACAACCGGAGGGAUCAACCCGUUUCACUGGGGGGAAGUCGAGUACCAUGUAAUAUCCACAUUCAAGAGGAAUCCCCUUGAGCAGGCCUUCCGUCGGCCCAAUGUUAAUCUCACAUCCAAUCACCUAAUCAAUCAGUAUUGGAUCGCCGUGAGCCACAAGGCUCCGGCCUUCCUCUAUGAUCUGUACCUCAGGCUGAUUGGACGAGAGCCCAGGAUGAUGAAGACAAUCACUCGUCUCCACAAAGCCAUGAUGGUCCUGGAGUAUUUCACCAGUCACUCUUGGGUGUGGAACACUGACAACGUAGCCAUGCUAAUUGCUCAGAUGAACCCCGAGGAUAAGAAGGUGUUUAAUUUUGAUGUGCGUCAGCUGCACUGGGCAGAGUACAUGGAAAGUUACUGUAUGGGCACCAAAAAAUAUGUCCUCAAUGAAGAGCUGUCAGGCCUGCCAGCUGCACGCAAACACCUCAACAAGCUGAGGAACAUCCGCUAUACCUUCAACACUGUCCUGGUGGUGCUCAUCUGGCGUGUCUUCAUUGCCCGAUCCCAGAUGGCCAGAAACAUCUGGUAUUUUGUGGUGAGCCUCUGCUUCAAAUUCCUCUCCUACUUCAGAGCUUCCUCCACCAUGAGAUAAUGAGCCUGGGACACUGUGCGGGGGGAAGAGAUGAAGAACACACUGGCUGUGGAUGAUGAGAGGUGCCUGUUUUGAAAGCCGUUAAAAUGGUACCAUGUAUUUAUAUAUAAAAAAAUAAAAAAAAAAAGCUACCCCGACACUAGGAUUAAAUGGAAUCAUUAAACCCAUGAACACUGAGCUACUGGAUGUGCCUGGAGUCCACAGCGGGCUAAAUGUCGCAUAUCUCGGAUCGAUCUAAUGCCAUCUCUAGCACUUCAUAAAACACAGGGCAUGGAUUUAUCUCCCAAUGCUCAGACUAACUGCACUUGGACUAGUCAAAGAAGCAGGACUACACGCCCUCAUUCUGUGCAAUUCCAGUUAGUUCGGCCCCCCCCUCAGGUGCCAGCUUCACUCCCGCGACCUUUAGGCUCCGGGAGCACCCAAACCUGCUCCAUCUUAUCGGUCUGCUCGCCUGGCUGCUUGCUUGCAACGCGUUGAAUGAUGAUCUGCCAGUCCAGGCUUCCUCUUCUCUUAAUGUAAUCGUUUAAUGGCAAAUGACCACUCCAACCGCCAUCUAAGUUAUAUUUCUGUCACUUGAAAACAUGGCUCCAAAUUAUUUUUCAUGGUGGUUCAUGUCAGUCUUAAGGCAUAUUGAAAUGUUUAAAAAAACAACAACAAAAAAAACAACUUGCUUCAAAAAUUUGGCUUGCUAGGCAAAACAUGGACUACACUAAGCUUCUGGGGCUGUGGAGCCGGUUUUGCUCGCUUGGGUGGAGGCAGUUGAAAGAUGAAUGUGUACUGACUCUGUGUGAAAGUUUAAACGUCCCCCCAACCACAUCCCCCAAGACCAAAGCCGGCAUGGUGUAAAGAAUUGAUAUUGCAUGGGUUUUGCGGGGAGAGGGGGGGGGUUGUCCCAAUGCCACCAAGAGUUGUCAUUGGCUGUCUUUCACUCUUCCUGCUUGGCAAAGAUGCGCUCUCUCGGUGCAGUCCUGUAUGUCCCCAGUGGACUGCAGUGGCUAUUUCUGUCCAAGCACAAGGUAGAUUGGAAUACAAUGGGUUUUGUCCAGUGCCUACAAACCUGAUUAUUCUUGCAUCAGCAAAUCUUUCAAAUAAAGCUGCUUCAUCUACA